CUUGGGACUUGGGGAAAGUGUGGGAACUUACGAACAAUGGCCCGAGUACCUCAAUGACAGCAGCAUGGGCCGUUCUCUGCUUCCCUAGAUCCCGGUGGAGGAGAAGAGGGGCUGGUACUUCACCAUGGCAACACUCUUCAUCAGGCUAGAUGGCAUCUUCCUGGAGUUGGGCAGCGAGGAGCAGAAGAGGCUGCCGGCCUUCAACCGCACACUGGCCCUGCUCCGGCAGGUGCUCAAGUCCUCGGACCCUCAGCACCGAGCUCUGGCCUGGUGCUACCUCGGGAUGCUGCUGGAGAGGAAGGACACCUUCUCCACCACCCCCUUGGGCGUCCAUGACUACGGGUACUCAGGGACUGACCCUCUGGACUGCUUUGGCAAGGUACGUGCCCCCCGCCACACCCACUGUCCAAGCUGGGAAGGAGCCCAGUCCCCCAGCCUCUCCUUCCAGAACCCACCAUCUCUGGGUACCGUCCCCCACCAUAUUCCCCCACUCCACCCCAAGAAUUACAUUUACUCCAGACUUUUCUCUCCAUCCUCUCUUCAUUCAAAACAAAA